GAUAACCCACUACUAUCACGACACAUUGUACCUAACGGACGGCUGUGUAAUACUUUUCCCGUGUUCUUCGGUGUACUCGGCAUAUACUCGGUACUACUACGGCGACGGCCUUGAGGCGAAUGACCCAACAUGAUGAUUUCAUAACCAUAGGUGUGUACUUUCUCUGAUUUUCUCUUUCGUAACUGCGUGCGCGGUUCCUGCCGUGUGCUGCGCGCGCCAAUGCCACACGGGUCGCCAUGAACGUCACACCGACAGCAGCAGCGGUCCGGCUACUGUGGCCCAGGAUCAUCCAGGCCAGGGGUCCGGCGGCGGCGGCGGCGGCCGUGGGCCAGCAGCGGCGAUGCGCCUCUUCGGCCACCGCGGCGGUCAGCAACGGCGGCAACCAAAAGCCCGACUGGAACCGGGCCGUGUCCGAGGCCGAGAAGAUAGUCGGCUACCCGACGUCGUUCCUGAGCCUCCGAUGGCUGCUCAGCGACGAAAUAGCAAACGUCGCGUUGCACCUGCGCAAACUGGUCGGCUCCAAUCAUCCGCUGCUGAAAACCGCCAAAGGUUUGUUGUACAACGGUCGAAACAACAUGCAAGCGUGGGGUCUGAUAGUGUUGCUCAUUUCCAAAGCGGCGGGCCAUCUGAACGUCGACGAAAUGGAAGAAGACAAGGCGGCCGGCGUGUUGCACAGCCAAAGAGCGUUGGCCGAAGUCACCGAAAUGAUCAGGACCAGUCAUCUGGUGCACAACGGUCUGGUGAACAUUUAUCCGGGACUAUAUCCGGAACCGGCUAUACUGAACGACAUGGCUUUUGGCAACAAAAUCGCCCUGUUGAGCGGCGACUAUUUGCUGAGCAAUUCGUGUGCCGAAUUGGCUUCUCUCAGGAAUCAAGAACUUGUCGAGUUAAUCAGUAGUGCACUUCGUGAUUUAUCUGAAGCAGAAUUUGUGGGCAGGAGAGACAGACAGAAUAAUCCUUUGCCCUCACCAUUCGAGCCGCUCAGUCGAAGUUUCAGCUCUUCGCUGCCUUUAGACCCGCUCGAACCGUCCAGUUCAUUGGGUGGCAUGCCUCUGACGUCUGCAUUGCAAGACUGGACCAAGCGCAACGUCUUGUCCGCCGGUAGCCUGCUCGGUAAAUCGUGCCAGGGAACAUUGGCUUUAGCCGGCCACGGCGUCGAAUUACAAAAACAAGGAUUUUUGUUUGGAAAACAUCUGUCGUUGGCUUGGCAGGCGUAUUUGGAUUUAGAACCGUUCAUGUCCGGAUCGCCGUAUUCUUUGGGUAUUUCGUUUAAUCUCACUUCGGCGCCGGUCAUGUUCCAUCUUGAACACGACCCGUCGUUAUUCGAUGAAAUCGACAAGGGCGUGGAAUCCGUCCACAACGUCGACUAUGCCAAAGUACACAGUAUCGUCAUGAAAGGCCCGGGAAUCGCUUACACCAAACAACUGCAAAAGGAACAUUCGCAAAAAGCAAUGGAAGUAUUGGAAGUUUUCGAAGAAAGCGACGCCAGAACAGCCCUGUCGAACAUUAUAGUCGCGAUGGGGGGCGAAUAAAAAUAUAUAUUCUGGUUGUGUAUUAUGUAUUUGGAUGAAAAAAAAAAAUAAUAGUAAUUAUGUCGCAACACACAGGGUAUUACACAUUAUAAUAACGUCAAGUUAAGGAUUUUGUGCUAUAUUAAUGAUUUUGCUAUUUUAUCAGAUUGCUUUAUACUAUAUGACAGUGUAAAAGUACUAUUUAUUUAUCAUAGUUUUAUUGAACUAUAAAAUGUUGUUAAGCUGUUUGUAAUAUUGUUAUUUAGUAAAAAAAUGUUAUCAAUUCGAAUCGAAAAAUAUUUGUACAUUUUUGUAAAAACCGUAUGAUAAUAAAUAGUCGAAACACGGUA